AUGGAAGCAGCGGAGGAAACUCUCACUUACCGAGAUGUCACCGGACUUCACAGGAAGCUGCUCCCAGAGGACAAGGACAAGGCCAUCACGGACAGAAAGGGCCACGCCACCGAGACAAAAAGCGACGAGUCCAACUAUGUGGAUCUGGACAUGAAACCGGACGGCGCAAAAACCGUGAAAGUAACUUUCACUGGCGAAGGAAGCCAGCUGUCCGUGGUCAAAUGCGACGGUUCAAAGGGGCACGACAAGGAGGGCGGAAUCAUGUCGGGGGACUCUGCUGAAGAGCAGUUAGAGGACACGCGGGCCGCCGUCCCCGGGCCUGUCCCGGCUGAGCCCCCGUUGGAAACUCUGACCAAACUUCCCACCAGCGACCAGGACUCAGAGACCGAGAAGCGGCGCCAGGCCGAGCUGGACCCGAGCGACUGCAGCCAACACGUGUGCAGUGAGAGCGAGGAGCUGCAGUACACGGACAUGUACCUGAACAGCAGGACUGAGUCUGAUGAUGGUGCCAGCGCGGUGCUGUCCGACCACUGCGGCUCCGACACCGUGGAGGACGAGUCUCACUACAUCACCACGCACGAAAUCCAGCUGACCGAGCUCGACCACGACGUGGAUUACGACCUGGGACGAGGCACCUGCUGGGACUUUGAAGACAACAACCUGGUCUACUCCUUUGUGGAUUACGCGUCUUUUGAAAGCGAUGAAACGCAGGAGGGGACUCUGAUUGUGGAGGGCAGGAGCCAGCGGUGUAGUCUUGGUGGAGCGGUUGUCAGCACCGAGCAGGAGGACAGUGAUCUUUGCGACUCGGACAAGUGCGCCAGCUCGGAUGAAAGCGUGUGCAAGAACCAGAGCGGAGACGCGAACGCGGGGAAAAUUCAUUUAUCGAUAAAAACAUCCUCCAGGGCGGUGAACGAACCCGUCAGCGUCUUCGACAGCAGCACCUGUGGCUACACAAAACCCGCCGGAGACCGGGGCCACUUCUCUUUUGUGAGCUCUGGCGCCAGAGCGGGGCCCUUGUGCGAUCGAGCCCAAUAUUUCAUCCCUGCUCCGGGCCGUCAGCACCUUGCCACCAAACUGAGACGGAAAGAUAUUAAUGAGUAUUCCAGCGGAGCCUCCAGCUCCAUCAGCGAGCUGGACGACGCUGAUAAAGAGGUGCGUAAUUUAACCGCCAAGUCUUUCCGGAGCUUGGCGUGUCCAUACUUCGAUGCCAUUAAUCUCAGCACCUCGAGUGAGUCCUCUAUGUCUGAAUAUGGUCUGAAUAAAUGGUCGGCUUAUGUGGACUGGAACUAUGAAAACGUGUCCAGGGGAAGAGAGCGCAGCGUAAUUGCGCACAAGACUUCCAGCGCAACUUUGGAAAUGAAUAAGACUGUGGGCAGUAGCAGGCACGGUAAGUCUGUUACCGGCAUGAAAGCUCCACAAACCAAAAUGUACGCGCUGAACAAGAGAACAACUUCUCAACAAUCGUCCUCAUCUAGCAAAAAUAUCGAAGUGAAAGAUCCUGUUCAGCCAAAGCAGCGCGGAGUCACGCUGAAUUUCCGCUGUAACGUCGAAGCGCCUGCGGGCGCCAGGCGGCCAAAAUGCUCCAAGAAAGCACGAUCCAGCGAGGUUACCGGCGCUGUGGUGGCCAGGUCCGGCUGCGAGAUGCAGUAUCACCACACAGAGAGCUCUGGGGACACGCACAAAAGAGCCGUUUUUGCGUCAAGUCUGUUGAAAAAUGUGAUUUCCAAAAAGAUGCAGUUUGAACAGGAGCGCAAAAUGGAGAGGGGUGAAAUCUGUGACACUUACCCAGCGCUGUCCCCGUGCUUUCAGCUCAAAGACCAAGACGGGAUGAAAGAGAGGGGGCAAGGAAGAGGUCUGCAAAGGCAGACUUCUGAAUCAGGCUCGGGAUUUAAUUCUGCUGAUGAUCAACAGGUGGAGGGCAGCAGACCUGGUUCCUGCGAGCCCGCAGAGGAGCAGAGCAGCAAAGCAGCAGCUGAUGCAGAGAAGACACACCUGGAGCCUCCAACAGCGCCGCUGAGCCACAGUCAAAGCAGUGCUUUUAAUUCAGUGAGAGAAGAAGAGACAAAACCUGCACAGGAGGCUGAACCCACAUCUGGAGGUGACACGCAGACCACAGCCAAACAAGGACUAGACACCAGCAGCAUGCUGACAAAACUGCUGUUCGUUCCCAGCUGCCAGCUUUCAAAAGACAGGGACUGUACAGAAGGCUCACCGAGCCGUGCACCUGUAGCAGGCGCACCUGCAGCAGGCACACCUGCAGCAGGCGCACCUGCCGGACUGCAGACAUGUGAGAAAGAGAUCAAAACAGGCAAUAAUGGAAACAUCCCAGACAAAGACGGAAAGGAGAAGGGAGGAAAAGCCCCUGAGAUCAAAAUCUGCCUGAGAAGUGUGAAGGAGAAUAAAGGCUGCACUCUGAAUAUCGCAAACCUGUUAACCCCGAAAAUCAGUUCCAACACUGUGAACACGUUCAGGGCAGCAGCUGAUGCAAAAUGCCACAUUCUUUCUGCUUCAGACAAAAUCCCAAACUUCACCGUUCGAGACAUCAGAGACACCAAAUGCAAGUUUCAAACGCCGAUCUAUCACGUGAGAGAUGUCCGCAAACUGGUCAAAAGUUCAUAUCGCUUUGUUUCUUUGGAUAACAGUGAGAGUAAAUGUUCCACAACAGCAGCUGAAAAAGUCGAGGAAAAGGCCACGAAGGAGCCAGUGAAGCAGUUAUUACCAUCUCCCAUCGUGAUCAAAUGUCACUCUGUCAAAACUAAUGUGAAAGCACAGACAGCCGAGGCGAAAGCAGCUGAGGCAGCAUCUCACAGUGCUGCACCUGCUGCAUCCAAGCAGCUCCAACCUGACCAGCCAGACCUCCAACCACACACUGACCCCAAAGCCACGAAACCGAGGCAGGAGAAGUUCCCAGGUGAGACCGCCGACAGGAGGAACGAGCCGACGAUACCGAAACAGGCCGCGCUGGAGAAGCUUAAAGCCGCCGUCAAAACGAUGGAGCAGCUUUAUGUUUUUGACAGAAAUGAAUGGAAGCGGAAAACUCAAGCUCCACAGCCAAUCACAGACAGCCACGUGUUGUCUCUGAUUGCCAGAGAGGAGCAGGGAGCUGAGGAGCUGGACGCAACCAGCAGUGACGCAGGCAAAGCGCAGGACGACACAGGAGCUCUGAGUAUCAUCCAUGUCCCGUGCAGCGAGGACACCUUUAAAACUCAGCACAGCAAAACAUUCAGUAACAGGAGCGUCCUUCAUUUGGGCAGCAAGGCUCGCGUCAGCAUUCGUUCAGUGAGUAAUCCUGUUCCACAAAGCUCCGCGCUGCAGACAGCGUCCACCGGGACGGGCUCCAGCGCACCGGGGGCCCCGCUGUCGGUGAAAAUAGAGUCGGCAAAAAACGGCCAGUUGGAGCGGGGAAAGGUCAAAAUCAUUCCCACCAAUCCCACUGCGGCACAGGCCUGCUCAGACUCCGAGAACUAUUUAACCAUACCUGGGCUGGGCUGCACCAAUGAGAUCCAACUGCUGCAUCCAGAUCCUGCUUCCAGGGAGGUGAGUUCAAAUGUCAGCCGAAUCAGAACCCCAGAGCAGAAAAGGUCCCCGCUGAUCAUGGAGUACCCAGCCUCGAGCAUCUACCACCACUCAGGGCCAGCAGCGGGGCCUCAAGCGCCACAGCCGGUGUUACGGUUCUCUCCCUCUGUCCCUGCUGCGUCACCUACACCUUCCACCGGAGACACGGUCCCACACACCCAGCGCAAGAUGCUUUUGGACCCCACUACAGGACAUUAUUACCUGGUGGACACCCCCAUACAGGCCACCACAAAGAGACUGUUUGACCCCGAGACAGGUCAGUAUGUGGAAGUCCCCAUGCCCCAUUCUCCUGUGGCCCCUGUCACCCCUGUCACCCCUGUGCCUCUCUCCUUGUCCCCCCUGGCGCUGAGCCCGGGAGCCUACGCCCCCACCUACAUGAUCUACCCGAGCUUCAUCCCCUCGCCCACCCUGGUGCCACAGUCCCUGUGUCACCCUGAGGAAGCAGAUGGAGACAAGGUGAAGAACGGCAGGAGCCCGAGGCCGGAAACUAACGCCACAGGGGGUGAGAGCGCGUACUACAGCGCCACAGGUGAGGCUCCACAAGGGCCGCUGCAGAUACCUGUGAGCUUGGGACAUGUGACCGCCAGAGGGGGUGCAGCGAGCUCCGACAGGAAGCCGGUUAUCAGCAUCACAACGCAACAAGGUCCAAGAAUCAUCGCCCCACCCUCCUUUGAUGGAACAACAAUGAGCUUUGUGGUGGAGCAUCGGUGACCAAGGAAGCAUCUCAUCAUACCUACAUCUCCGCUGAAGAAUCUGCAGUUUUCAUCCCCGUCACCCCACCCUACCUGUGAUCCACUCCCCAGGAAAACCUCCACCAACAACUAUUUCAGUCCUCACCCUUUUGUGCUCUUUAUUCUUGCAGCAGACGUUACUGUAAUCUGAAUGCAUUGCAGCACUUUGUAUUCAGCCGCGUCCUCUGGCUGAUGCUCUGCCAUUUCGCUAUAUGAAUCUGCUUUGUAAUACUUUCCAUCCAGCUGCUGUCCUGAACUGUUGAAAUGCUGUUUGAGCCCUGCAGCUUGUCUAUUCAAAAGGAAACAAGGCAGUUCUUCUAUUACAGUUACAGUUACACUAUUGGCCAAGCCAGCAUUUUAUUAUUAUAAGUUAACUGUGUCUUUAAAGUGAGAUUAUGGAAACCUUUAAAGGAAAAAUAGACCUUCCUUUCACAAAGUUCAACUCAUAAGCAAUAAAACACAACCUUGCUAAAUUCAGUCCACAUGGGGAAUUUGCUGCUACAACCUUUCUCGCUAGAUGUUAUUGUGUGACUGUAACUAACUGACUGAGUCAGUUUUUCCAGCAUUAUGAUUGUGUUGCUGUGCUGCUGUUACACCUGGUUUCAGGACGUCACACAUAAAUGUUUCAUGGAUUUUAUCACAGAGGUACAAAGAUAAACUGACAGAACCUCUCCAGGAGACAUGUUUGUUGUUUCCUGCGUUUGGUGCCAUUGUCUUGCUGCCAGUCCCUAGUGGCCAAACGUGGUACUGCUACAAAACAAAAUCCCUUGCAACCGAAAAAGCAUUCUCCCCAUAGACCAUCAUUAUUAAAGAGACAUCGGAAAAACUUGUUCUUCUGGAAGGUUUUUUCCUGCAUCCAGGGAAAAACGUUGUGCACUGAAUUAGCAUAGUCCAGAAGCAACUGCUCAGAGCUGUGGCCAGAAGGUCCCCUGUGCUUGUUGUGGCGGCAGCCAAAGAAACCGCUGGUUUAACAUCAGUGGCGAAGGAGGUCGUUAAAGUGAGAACGGGGUCCUUUGGUGCUUGUUUGGCCUGGGGGAUUCCUGAAGCAGUAGACAGGUAUCAGGAGGCCAGAAGGACUAAAGCUUCUGUCAUCAUGGUUACAAAAACCUGGGUGUAGGAGGAACUGAAGGAGGCCAACAACUUUUGGUCAGCCUCCAAGAGGUUCUGCCAAACUGUCAGAUGACUCUGGAGGGUGGGGCAGGGCUGAGCCCAGGCUGUUUUCAGAAUGGGAUUAGAGCUGCUGACCCAAACUAACAGUAUUGUUGGACAGUUUGAGGACCACUUCCUGAAUUCCUGAUCCUGACUAACACUUCCUCCAUAGAGGAGGCAGAGCUGGAAGGCUUGGGGAAAGCCUUGUCCAUUUCAUUAGCGGGGGUCAAAGCUCAAGAGUGCCAAGGCACUGAGGGUGGAUGAGAGUUCCCAUGAUGCUGAAAGCUCUGAACAUUGAGGGGAUGUCUUUGUUGACCCACCUCCACGCUGUCAUGUGAGGGACAUGGACGGUGCCUGUGGCCUGGCAGAACAGGGUUGUGGUUCCCAUUUUUAAAAAAGGGAACCAGAGAGCUCCACUUUUAGGGCAUCCCAUUGCUCAACCUUCCUGCAAAAACUUAUAACAGGGUACUAGAAAGCAGGAUCAAGCGCUUUAUUUUGUGGCUUUGAAGAGGGCUUGUGACCAUUUCCCCUGUGAUACUGUAUCUUGUGUUCGGUACUGCAGGAGUAUGGGAUAUUAUUAUUACUAUUAUAACCAGAGUUCAAGUUGUGCCCACAUUCUCAGCAGGGAGUUGUUCUCAGUGGGCAUUGGGCUAGGCCAGAUUUGUGCCUCAUGGACAGAAUCUCUCGGUUCAGCCGAGGUGUGGAGAGUGUUUAGUACGGUGGCCUCAGGAUUGUGUCUCUACGUACUGUGGAUGAUGUGGUUCUGCUGGCUCUUUCAGACAAUGACUUUCAGGAUGCACUGGGAUGGUUUGUGGUCAUGGCUAAAGUGGUGGCUACAAGGCUCAGCACAUCCAUGUCUGAAGCCAUGGUACUCUGCUGGAACAUGGUGGGUGGCUCCAUUUGAGCUUUGAGUCAGUCACUGCCGGUUAAGGACUUCAAGUAUCUUGGACAGGGUGAGGGUAAGAUGGAGUGAGACCGACAGGCGGAUUGAUGCCACACCAGCAAGAAUGUGGACUGUACUGGACUGCUGUGGUGAAGAGGUAGCUGAGCCUGAAGGCGAUGCUCUUGAUUUUCCAGUUGGUCUUUGUUCCAACCUUCACCCGCAGUCAUUAGCUUUGGGUAAUGGCUGAAAGAAUGAGAUUACAGACACAAGCAGGUAAAUUGAGCUGCUUUUGCAGGGUGGCGGGCUACACCUUUAGAGCCGCUCUUUUGUGUUGAGAGAAGCGAGCCGAGGAGGCCUCCUGGAUGCCUACCUGUCAGCUGGGAGGAGACCAUGAGGCAGGCCCAGAAUACGCUGGAGGGGUUCCACAUCCAAUCUGGCCUGGGAUCACCUCAGGAACCUCCAGAAAAAAGAUGGAGGACAUGGCAGGAAAGACAUAUGAGCUACCUUGUUUAGCCUGCUGCCACCCAGAUCCAGACAGAGAUCAGCAGUGGAAGAUGAAUGAAUGGAUGGAUGGAUGAUGGAUGGUUUGCUAUGCAAUAAUGAACAGAACACUCUCACAUCCUCGGGAAAUUAACGGGAAUUCAGCGUGUCAUUAUCCUGUAAUUGCUGCUUGUGGCCACAGUGGCCGCUGUUGAUCACAACUUACUCUUGCAUUAAUUCACACAAUAAGAUUAUUACUUAUUUUAGUUUUCUGAGGACAGGGACCAUUUGUCUGUACUGAAUUCAAAAAAAGAUAAGGAAAUAGAAUUAAUGUAUUUCAGAAUAAUAUCUUUUAAACAUGUCCCAGGUAAAUGAUAAAUAUCUGACAUGGCUUUGUGUGUCAUAUCGCUACUCUCCAACACCAUUUUUCCACAUUCAUGAUAACAUUUCCAUGUUUUUAGGAGUCAGUGGCUCACAGCUGAUGUGCUGUAUGUAAGUGGUGUAUGUUUAUAUUUUAAAAGCACGCUUCUCACAUGUUGCAGUGAGAAUAAAGAGAAACACACCAGGUGUGUUGCUCAGAGGACGUGGAGCUGGGACUCUGGUUUAACGGCGUACUUAGGCCAGUGUUUCCUAAGUAGUGUUGGGCCUAAUGAGUCAGAGCCAGCUGAGACAUUUAGGGGAUAACUUCCUCUAUUGCUGUUGGUUUAUUUUACACUUUUGUGUAAUGAGAUGGGAGUUGUGUGCGUCUGAAUGUGUUCGUGUUUGUGGCUGUGAGUUAUGUUUGGCAUUUCAGCGUUCUGUGAGCGUACAACACGGAGUCGUGUUACUUCACUGUAGACCGGAGCCAUGUGUCUGCACUCUUUACACACAGCAGUGUCCGUUCCUCUUCAGUUUCAAUGUGUGUGAACUGAGGUUUUCAUUAAAACGACACAUUAACUGAUAACUGCUUUCUGUACCGUGAAGUUCUGAGGUUUCCUUUUGAAUAUGCAGCGAGGCACCGCAGGUCAUUGUGCUGUACUUGACUCAGUUCUACCAGCAUCGUGUAGAAUCAAUGCAAACUGUAGAUUGCUAUUUUUAGCAUGUUUCAAAUCUAAACACAUAUUAAAGGUAUUUGGAGCUGCUGGUCAGUCUAUGUACCUUAAUUCUGUAAAGUGCCUGUUAUUAUGCCUCUGUGACAACAGACUUUAUAUAAAUUGCCCGGUGAGUUGAUUUCAUGAUAAGUGAUGUGAAUUCAUGCAGUGAUUUUGAAGACUUGUUGUUGACUGUGCUGCACAUAGGACAUGAUUUGCUCUUUAAAGCAACUUGUGGUUAGAACAUUGAGUAUAUUUAGACGUGAAAUUUAACUUAAAUUUGUACAUUUUACACAUAACAAAUUGAGACGUUUAAAACUUAUUUAUUUAAACAUUUUCAAUCUGUUGUAUAGAAAUGAUUUUUUAAAAGUACCCAAAGAAAAAUAAAUAAUCACAGAAGCUUCUGAACUAUGAACCAAAGUAAAUCCAUAACUGAGAUACGAUGUUCUACCUCUUCCCAGACAGAUUUUAAAGUUUGUGUUAAAAAGGUGGAAGAAAAUAUAAAACAUUUAUUUCAGAUAACUCAUUAAACCAGAUGAUCCAUUAAAGCGGAUUAAUAUGUGAUUUUGAAACCCCAUGAAGACUAACAUAGAUAAACAUAUUAGAAUUUGUAAGCUCCAGUAAACCAGCUGUUCUAAUGUCGUCAUGAUCGUGAAACUGAUAAAAAUGUUAUUAGUUUCUUAUAUGACCUUUGUCUGUGAAUAAUAAUAAUGUACUUAAUGCACUUGGAUUGUCACGACAGCAGUGAAUGGCUGUAAACACUGGUGAUAGCAGGAGCACUAUGUGGACACACUGUUAAUUGAUAAUAUCGUGUUUUAAAUCAUUCUUUCAGAUGUCCGUCAACAAACCUGCUGACUCUGAGGUUAAAUGUUGCAAACUGAUUGUAUCACAGCUUGGAUAAAGAACGAGGGUUAACCGAAGGUGAGAUGGUCUGAGAUAAGUGAAUGUUCAAAGAAAACGGGCAGGUAUUUGACUGAAACUGUGGCGUUGUGUAUGUUUUACACCUGAUGUCACCUGUGCUGCGUGGCUGCCUCAGAGAAGGACGGACGUCGGGACGACAGCAGAGAGAAGCCUUGAGAGGAGAAGUGAGUGCCGUGUUUGCACUUCUGAGCGUGAAAGUAAUGAAUAUGAUGAAUGUGUGUAAUGAAGACUGAC